GGGGGAAUUUGGUUCUAAAGGAUCAGUCUAUUUUUUCUGCUCUCCCCCCCACACACACUUAUUUUUAAUUGUUGUAGAGAAAGAAAUGCAGGAAGGAAAAACUCUGUGUGGAGUGAGGACAGGAACAGCUGGAGUUUUCCUUGCAAGAGGGUGGGGAGCAGGGGAGGCUGUGUUAGCUGUAUCGUGAGUCCUCAGAGCACCUCUGCUCUUGCUCGGCAGCUUGGGCUGCACGCUGCUGUCUCAAAGGUCGCUUGUGAUAAGCAUAGGGCCUCCCCUCUCUCCCCACUCCGCCCCCCAACCUUGGCUGCUACGGCUUUGGCUGUGACAUUCAGUCUUUUCCAUGCUGGAGAAGUAGUAGCGAGCAAUGUGCUAGACAGAGGGGGACGCUGCUGCCUUGGCUGGACCUGCUGCUGCUGCUGCAACCAUGUGUCUCUCUCUCUGGCUGUGACACAGUAACAAGGAAAUUGGUGGGAUCUGUCGUUAUCUCCACAAGGGAAAAGUGACCCGCACAAAGGCUGGUAGCGAUGGAGGAGGACAUGGGCAGCAUGCAGCAGAAGGCGGCUGAACUGGAGCACAUGGCUGAGGUCCUGCUCACUGGGGAGCAGCUACGUGCAGGGACUGGAGUAGCAGCUGCAGAGGUGCCCCAUGACCUGCCUACAUGUUGGCUCAGACUGCAUGAAGAAAAGGUAAUUAAAGAUCGAAGGCAUCAUCUCAAGACAUAUCCAAACUGUUUUGUUGCCAAAGAAUUGAUUGACUGGCUGAUUGAUCGCAAAGAGGCCUCAGACAGAGAGACAGCGAUUAAACUUGUGCAGAAAUUAUUGGAUCGCAGCAUUAUCCAUCAUGUUUGUGAUGAGCAUAAGGAAUUCAAGGAUGUCAAACUUUUCUACCGCUUUAGGAAAGAUGAUGGAACAUUGCCACUGGAUAACGAGGUGAAGGUGUUCAUGAGAGGACAGAGGCUAUAUGAAAAGCUGAUGAAUUCUGAGAACACACUUUUACAAGCCAGGGAAGAGGAGGGAGUCAAGUAUGAACGGACCGUCAUGGCAUCUGAGUUGAUUGAGUGGCUGAUCCAGGAAGGGGAAGUCACAACAAGGACUGAGGCAGAACAACUUGGCCGUAGACUGUUGGAGCAUGGAAUUAUACAGCAUGUGUCCAACAAGCACCAUUUUAUGGAUAGCAACCUGCUGUACCAGUUCAGAAUGAAUUUCCGCCGGCGACGGAGGCUGAUGGAGUUGCUCCCUGAGAAAUCCCGUUUGAUGCCAGAAAGUCACGACAGUCCCUUUUGCCUGCGCAAGCAGAACCAUGACAACAGAAAGCACACCAGUUUUCAGUCAGUGAGUCCCACCAAAGAGAUAAAGAUCGUAUCAGCAGUCAGAAGGAGUAGCAUGAGCAGUUGCGGCAGUAGUGGUUACUUCAGCAGCAGCCCUACCCUCAGCAGCAGCCCCCCAGUAUUAUGCAACCCAAAAUCUGUAUUAAAGAGACCAGUGACUUCUGAUGAACUCUUGAUGCCUGGAGCCCCAUAUGCAAGAAAAACAUUCACAGUUGUCGGUGAUGCUGUCGGGUGGGGCUUUGUUGUGCGGGGGAGCAAGCCAUGCCAUAUUCAGGCUGUGGAUCCCAGUGGCCCUGCAGCUGCGGCAGGGAUGAAGGUCUGUCAGUUUGUGGUUUCUGUGAAUGGACUCAAUGUUCUCCAUGUGGACUACAGGACCGUGAGCAAUCUCAUUCUGACUGGCCCUCGAACUAUUGUCAUGGAAGUGAUGGAGGAAUUAGACUCCUGAGAAGGAAAUUUCCUCACUGGAAGCUGUGAAUAGAAAUAGAAGAACCAAUGCAAAGCCAGACAACACAAGGGGACAAAACCUUGCCUUGUCUAACUAGAUUAUUCUGCCUUUCAGGUGCUUUCCCCUUCAGUUUAACAAUAGUAGCUGUGAUUCAUAUGCUAAGAAGUGAACAGUAUAUAUCAGCAUGUUAUCAUUUAGGACCCGAUCCUGCAAACUGUUCUGCUGAAGACAAGGACCAGGUCUUUAGUUGUCAAUCCAGCUGUAUCUGUUGGGAUGGUAUCCUACUUAAAAGGCUGCACGUAACUUCCCUUGCCGUUCAACCAUGUGAUCACAAUACUUGAAAAGAGGAAUGUUUGGUAAGGACUUUCUAUAUGGUUGGCAUGGCAUAUGAAUGUUAGCGUACUCCCCCCGAUGUAAUCUAGACGUGUCCGAAGUGUGUCCCCAGGAGAGUAGCUGCCUGCUACUGCUCCCUCUCUAUAAUCAUAGAGCAAAGAGAAAGGUGAUCAACUUCAGACGUUUAUAGUCAGUGAAUUCAAACAAGUAGCAGACGACAUUAGAAUUCAUAGAUAUGAAAAAAUGUGUGUGCCUUUCUGUGGAAUGCACUGAAUUACCAGAGAUGGGUAGUCCUAUAAAAACCUGCAGCACACAAAUGUUAUGGAUGUGUGCAUUAAUUUUUCAUUUUGAACAUAUGGCCUUUGAAAACCAGACCUCUUAUCUAGGUGUCUAAGUACAGAUUUAGGAGCCCAAGUUUGAAAAUUUUGGUCUAUAUACCUUCUGUCUAAACUACAUGUGACUCUUAGUCUCCUGGUAACUUGUCAAUGUGGUUCUUUUCACAAAGUUUGGAUAUCCCUGAUAUCAGAAGAAUGAUAAUAUUUUAGAGAGCUGAAGUCAGAGAAUCACAAUGUUAGCAUUAGCAUUGAAAUAUUUAGUAGCUCUGAUAUGGUACAGUACACUUCAAAUUGAAGCAAUGCACUUGAAUGUGUCUUUGAUUAUCAGCAUUUUCAAACCAUUAAAUGCUUGAAAACUACAGAUGUGUCACAUAAUUUACAUCUGAUGCAAUUAUUAAUAACACAUUGUAUUUAACUGACUCUUCCUCAUUUUAAAACCAAGCAGGAAUUUUUGUUGAUGAACUUGUGAAAAAAUAUUUUUAAAAUGUGUAUUUGAAUGAUAUACUUUACUGAAUCUAAAUUGCUUCUCAACUCUGCGAUAUCUGGGGUGCCAUAGGUCUCAAACUGAGAUUAAUUGUAUGUAUACAGUCUUGUUCACAAAACAUAACUAUGUAUAUCUAUAGAUUGUAGGCAUUCUGGUACUGUUCAGUUUAUAUGCAGUAAUACUUUUUAAAUUAAAAAAAAUGAAUGCUUGACCUUCAGUGCGAGAAUACCCAAAAGCAUUAACUACCUAUUUUUGGUAUUUUUCCCUACUAAGAGUAUUGACUAUGUUUAUAUUAAGGAAUUGGCCUCAUCACACAUUCUUCUUGCAAUCUGAUUUUCACUCACUCAGAUAUUUGCACAGGCUUGAUCAAAGGAAUAAUAAGACUUUGAGAUUAUAUGACUUUGCAACAUCAUAAGUGAAAUUGUAUGUUUGCUUAUUUUUUAAGCAUAGCAAAAAGACUGUAUUUUAUGACUGACUCACAAUCAAAAUUCCUCAUAAUUCCUUCAUGUUUACCAGUGCAAGAAGAUCUUAAAUGCAGCUGAGAAUACUAACCCUGUAUAAAAACCUUGUGUUUGAGGGAUUCUUUUAACAUGUCACUUUGUAUCACAUUUGCUUAUACCUUCUAUUAACAUAGCUGAAGAAUGCUUGUACACAUCUAGCACCUUCAUCAGACCUCACUAAUGUAUUACUAGUUCCAUAAUACUAAGUGCAACUAAAAUAAAUAGAUUGCUGCAAAAGGGUUCGAAUACACUAAAAUUUCCAUACUGCAUAAUAUUAUGUGAUACGGCAUUAGUGUAGAGCAUUUAGGGCUUUGGUCAGCUUCAAAUGAACUUGAUUAAAAGGAGUAGGAUGAAGUCCCAGGCAAGUUACUAAUAUGAUAUAAUGGCUGCAAUUCAGCGUAUAUAGAAAGGGUAAUGCUUCCCCAAAUACUUCUAAUUUGUUAUAUUCUUUAUCUCUCUUUAAAUCUAACUUCUAAAUAUUAGGAUGGGUUAACUAUUAAAAUAUGAAGGGUUCUUUUACAGACAAUGACUAGCAUUUUGCUAAUAUCAGCAUGGCACUUGUAUUUUAUGUCCUUUGAUGUAGUUAAUAUGCUGCUACCACUUCCCUGUAUCCUCCAGGCAAUUAUGAAACUGGGUCAGAAUUUAGCUUGAUAAUGAAAUACAGAGAGCUCUUGAGACCUUAGUAAGAAGUGAAUGCAGUGAAGAGGAAAGGGAGCUUUGUGCAUAUCAUUAUAGAAUACAGCAUUUUGAUUCAUGAGAUACAUUCGUUUCUGUUGCAAUUUGAAUGUCAUUACUUGCCUGCCAUUUAAUGGCAAUUUCCAUAUUGUUUUCUAAGCUUGAUUUGUGAUCCAGCUUUGAAUAACUUCUUUCCCUCUUCUUUGUUUCUGAGAUGUUUAAAAUUAUCUACAUAUUUGAGCUGUGCAAUUUCUUAAAGCUAUUUGUGAGAUUUUUAAAAUUAUAACUAUAUGUAUCAUCUCAGAUUAGAAUGUUAUCUAGCUACACACUGUGAUGUGUUUCAAAUCGCACUCCCCGUCAGUUCCUGGCCUAUGCUGGGGAAGCUAAUGAUCCAACCAGCAGAACAAAUUCAGUGAUGAAUCCUGGUCACGUGCCACCUGAGGCACAUUGCGCAAUUGCACAUACACUAAGAAAAAGACUCACACUGAGGCCUGGUCUACACUGGGGGGGGUGGGGGGGGAUCGAUCUAAGGCUAGGUCUAUACUACCCGCCUGAAUCGGCGGGUAGAAAUCGACCUCCCGGGGAUCGAUUUAUCACGUCCCAUCGGGACGCGACAAUCGAUCCCUGAAUCGGCACUCUAACUCCACCAGCGGAGGUGGUAGUAAGCGCCGCCGACAAAAAGCCGCAGAAGUCGAUUUUGCCGCCGUCCUCACAACGGAGUAAGUCGGCUGCAAUACGUCGAAUUCAGCUACGCUAUUCACGUAGCUGAAUUUGCGUAUCUUAAAUCGACUCCCCCCUGUAGUGUACCCUAAGAUAUGCAACUUCAGUUACGAGAAUAGCGUAGCUGAAGUUGACGUAUCUUAGAUUGAAUUAAAAUUACUUACUUCGUGUCCUCGCGGUGCGCCGCGGCUCCCCUGUCAACUUUGUUUCUGCCUCUCGCUAAGCUGGAGUUCAGCAGUCAACGGGAGAGCGAUUGGGGAUUGAUUUAUCACGUCUACACUACACGUGAUAAAUCGUUCCCCGCUAGAUCGAUCGCCACCUGCCAAUCCAGCGGGUAGUGUACACGUAUAAGUGACAUACUGGCCCCAUUGAAGUCAAUGGCAAACUCACAUUGACUUCUGUGAGGCCAGGAUUUCACCCAUUAUAUAAAACCUUACUCCCUGUGACAUACCAUUGAAGUCGAUGGAAUUUUAUGGAACUGGCAAACGUGAGUGAGAGUAUCACAGUCUGGCCCACGGCAACUAACAUGGAAUGACAGAGCGGCAGAUUGUCACUUGGUGUAAACUGCUGUAGCUCAAUUGAAGUCAAUGGAAGGGAAUGGAGCAGAGACUAUUUAUGCCAGCUGAGGAUCAGCCCCAUUGUAUUUAGCAGUGAUGCUCAAUAUUGUCAGUUGCUAGGGAAACCUCAUAAGCCUUACUGUGAAAUACUGAGAUAUCUCAUGCAAACACAAAUUUGCUAAAAUGAAGGUCUUAUAAAUCUUGUGCAAUUUAGUGUCGUAAACCUCAAAGAUCUUGUGAUAUAAACAGAAGUGUAAAAUUAGUAUGUACAUAUACAUGCAGCAGGUCCUUUACAGAAGAUCUCGAUGGAAUGUUAAUAUCUGUAUAGUGUGCUAGGCAAAUUAUUAAAAUAGUUGUUGAGCUAAUUGGAGCACCAAUUCAGUAUGCUGCAAUAUAUACAAUGCUUUCAUUCUCCCUGAGUACAAUAGGUGUAAUUUGUACUUAAAGGGUCAGAUUCUGAUAUGCUUACUUGUGUUGAAUAACCUUUUAUUGGGAUCACUAAUGGAGUAAAGCACUGUUCAACAUAAGUGUAUCUGAGUCUGACCUUAACUGUUUUACGACCCGGUGGAAGUUGAAGGUCCAGUGCUCAAAAUUGAAAAGAGACAGCACUUGUGUACGGCUAUAUCACGGACAACUGAGAUACCAAUGGGUCCAUCCUAUCACCUCUUUUUACAUGGAAACAUACCUACAGGAUGAGGUCGGGAGGAAUUGCCUUCAAGGUUUCACUAGUAGAGAUUCUUCCCAUUCGCUGGUGCAGAUUCCUGGACCCAAAGAAAGCAAUUUGAUGUUUAAGGGGAGAGUGGAAUGGUGGCUGAUCUCCUUCUCUAUCCACUUAGGAAUCUGUGUAUGGAGGUUCCUUUUGCGAUAGAUCAAGUAGGAAUGAGAAGACCUAUUCUAACUAUAGGAAAUGCUGUAAUAAUCUUAGAUAAAACCAUGUUGGUGAAUGUUGACAUUUUAAAGGCAUCCUUGCUAAAUAAGAAUUAUUUUAAUUUUACUUGUGGAGAAACUGAGGCAGAGAAGUUAAAUGAUUUGCCCACGGCCAUAGAGGGAGAAAGCUUGGGAAUUCCUUCCUCCCAGUCAAAUGCUUAAGACUGGACCACACCUCUGCCUCAAUAUGGUGAUAUCCUGUCUUUUUAUAAUAAACGGAACCACCAAAAUAUCAUGAAUAUUACAAUAAUUGUUUAAAAAUGGGACAAUCUUUCUUCACCUAGUGUGUGACAUACCUUAUAUUUCGUAGGGUGCUUUAAAAACAGUGAAAUUGCAAACACGAUCCUUUUUUCUCCUGUACAUGGACAAUGUUCAAAUAAAAUGUAUUAUACAUAAGAAAAAUCUAGACUGUAUUAUAGAGAAAUGAAUUUAAAUAUGAAAUGACCUUUAUAAAAAUUUAGUAAAUGAAAAGAAAGCUUUAUAAAUUAUUUUAUACAUUGUUUUAGGCUGAACAACUAAUGCAAGGGAAUAUUUAAGAGUUUCAUAGCACUUAAUUUACCUCAAAAUCAGAUUAUAACACAAGACUUUUUUGUAUUAGACUUAAAUAUGUAACAAUUAUAUUUGUAAGUCUUUAAUGAUAUUUAAAAGAAGAAUUUUAGGUUAGAAAAAAAUAUCCACCCCAAAUUGAGUGUCCUGUAAAGCAUAGGUAAAGUUAUCCAAGUUAUAUACCUAAAUCCAUAUUGUCAAUGGGAGCAGAGAGGGCUCAACAUCUCUGAAAAUCAGGCUAAUUUGUUAUGUGCCUCAGUAUCAAUUUAGAUGACUAACUUUUGGGCAGGUACAUUGGAAAAUGAUCACCACAUAUUCUGUACUGUAAGCGGUAGUGUAGCAUUCUUAUAAUAUCAUAUUUACCAUGACUACUUUAUCCCAACGUCACUGUAGUUCUUGCUAAUAUACUGUACAAUAGCUCUCCUCUGAUUUGUCUCUGUAUUGUGAAAUGAUCAUGGUUGUAUACACAAUUUAUAUUUGAUUGGA